UAGCAGUCAACAACACACACAACCGAAAAGGUAUUUUGGUUGUGUUCUGGAUAUUACUAUUAGACACGAAAGAGUAUCCAGUGUGACCUAAAUCGAGUUGAAAGUCAUCAGUACAUUUGCACAGUCAGUGAGGUGCUUCUUCCUUUCGUCUCUCGAGACACUUUUUCCCCUUCGCAACUGGCCAUCAUCAUCGUUUGACGAGUGAUUUGACUAUAGCAGCUCGAAAAGAAAAAAGAAAGAAAGAAUGCGGUUCGUUCAAUUUCGUUCGUUGGAUGACUCACAAGAAACAAUUCGAGUUGGCAUUCAGAAUGUAGACAAUGGCACCGUGCUGGACCUGACCGAGGCAUUGGACCAGCCCAUCAACUUGGCGAAUGCUCUGGCCAAAUUGGGCAGCCAGGGUGUCAUUGAUGCAGCAGCCACAGCAGCAGCCAGUUUGGAAAAUCGAAAAGUGCUGGAGUUGGAGCAGUCGAAAUAUCAACUUUUGGCUCCCAUCACGUCUCCAGACAAGGUCGCCUGUAUUGGAAUGAAUUACAAGGAUCACUGCGAGGAACAAGGGGCGCCCAUCCCUCUGGAGCCACUCGUUUUCUGCAAAUUCCCCAGCUGCAUUAUCGGCCCUUUUGACGACAUUCCCUACCCAACCGACAUGUCUACGGAGCUGGAUUGGGAAGCAGAACUGGCUGUCGUCAUUGGCAAAAAGGGGAAAAACAUUCAAGCCUCCAUGGCCAAGGACUAUAUUUUCGGAUUCACAGUGGCCCACGACGUGACGGCGAGAGAUUGGCAACUCAAGAAAAACGGAGGCCAGUGGCUCCUGGGAAAAGCCAUGGAUGGCUUCUGUCCGAUCGGACCUUGCAUUGUAACAGCUGACGAAAUCCGCGAUCCACACAAACUCGCCAUUUCAUGUCGUGUCAAUGGAGAGCUCAAACAAAACAGCUCAACAUCUCAACUUGUUCACGGAGUUUACGAUUGCGUCGCUUGGCUUUCAAAGUUUUGCACGUUACUGCCCGGUGAUAUUAUUCUAACUGGAACACCUCCCGGAGUCGGAGUGUUUGCCAAGCCAAGCCCUCAAUUCUUAAAAAAAGGCGACGUGGUCGAGUGCGAAGUGGAAAGCAUUGGAAUCAUCCGAAACGCAGUGAUAUGAAGAGAGAACGUGCGCAACAUUCUUGAUAGAUAUAAAGAGUAAUAAAGAAACUUGUUUACUACU